AUGGAGCAUUUACCCCUGCAAGACAUGAAGGGCUUCCUGUUCCUCACCCUCCUCCUGCUGCCCGUGCCUGCUGGAGCUGCCUGGAGUGCGAAAUACGCAGUAGAUUGCCCUGAUCCCUGUGACAGUAACGCAUGCAAAAGCACUGCGCGCUGCAAGCGAACGGUGCUGGAUGACUGUGGCUGCUGCAGAGUGUGUGCAGCUGCACUGGGGGAGACUUGCUAUCGUACUGUCUCAGGUAUGGAUGGUGUCAAGUGUGGCCCUGGGCUGAAGUGCCAGUUUUACACUGAGGAGGAUGACUUUGGUGAUGAAUUUGGUAUCUGCAAAGAGUGUCCCUAUGGUAGCUAUGGAAUGGAAUGCAGGAAAACCUGCAACUGUCCCUCUGGCAUCUGUGACAGAGUAACAGGGAAGUGUCUGAAGUUCCCGUUUUUUCAACUGUCUGCUUCAAAGCCUCCAAAUCGACGAAAAAUAUCUUCACACACAGAUAGUGACAUGGCAUCAGGGGAUGGAAAUUCUGUAAAAGAGGAAUUCGUUAAAGAGAAAGUUAUUCGCUCUCCAGUAAUGAAAUGGCUAAAUCCUCGCUGA